UAUAUUCAAGGCUGCAUUGUUGUUUACUAUUCCAUUCUAUGGAAUUAAACCUGAAGAUGUCCAUUAUAAACAGGUGAAAACAUUAGUGUGCAGUAAAAUUUUCUACAUUUUACUGGAUUUUGGUGUUGAUUUAUCAAUAUGUCAGGAGGAACAAUUGGUAGACAUCGUUCUCUGGAUGAUGAACGCCUUCGAAAUCACAAUUCUACAGGAAGUGGAACUGAAAGUUCUGCAACUCAUUUUGAAAUAUCCAAUUGGGAUGAUACAGCUAAUUCCAAUAUUUCAAAAUCAAUUGCGGCUCCAGUUCGAAGACAGUCAUCUAUGCCUCUUAUUCUGAAUUCACCUUCACCUUCAGGUUCUCAACAAGUACCAUCACCACAAACUCCUUCUGGUGCACCAUUUAUGUCACCUCCACAGUUUGGAUCUGUAGAUCCUGUUCAUGACUUACCACAUGAAUUACUGCAAGCUGGAUGGAGAAAGUUUUGGAGUAAAAGAGAAAGUAGACCAUAUUUUUUCAAUAAAAUUACCAAUGAAUCAUUAUGGGAAAUGCCUCAGAUUGGAGGUGCUGCACAUUUUGAUCCCAUUACUGAUCCACUUGGAAUUCAAUCAUCUCCUGAUCCUCAAGUUUCCUCUCCUGUACCAUCACCUAUAUCUUCUUCAGUAUUACAGCCAACUCCUGUUCCUCAGCCAGGUCCUAAAUUUGGGGAGAAGAGAAGGUGCUCUGAAGAAGGAAUAUUGCCAAAUCCUAAACGUUUCUUAUUAAGUGGACCAUGGGAUUUAGAAGUUCCCACAAAUGUAAUCAUCUGGGAGCGUACUCCCUCGUUAAUGCCGCCUCCUCAUCCCGACGUUGAACAGUAUCGAGCUAAUCUUGUCACCAAGUUAAGAUUAAGUUAUCAAGAAAUGUGCCAUUCUAGAGAAGGAAUUGAUGCUCCUAAAGAAUCUUUUAAUCGUUGGUUGAUGGAACGCAAAGUUUGUGAUAAAGGAAAUGAUCCUCUACUGCCAAAUAAUUGUACUACAGCAGUUUCACAAUCAAUGUUUAGAGAAAUAAUGAAUGACAUACCUAUUAAAUUAGUGCGACCAAAAUUUUCUGGAGAUGCUAGGAAACAGUUAUCUAAAUAUGCUGAGGCUGCAAAAAAAAUGAUUGAAUCCCGAAAUGCUUCUCCUGAAAGUAGGAAAAUUGUAAAAUGGAAUGUUGAGGAUGCUUUUCAAUGGUUAAGAAAAACCUUGAAUGCUACUUAUGAUGAUUAUCUUGAGAGGCUAGCACACUUGAAAAAGCAAUGCCAACCACACCUAAUGGAAGCUGCAAAGGCUUCUGUUGAGGGAAUUUGUUCAAAAAUCUAUUAUAUGUCCUGUGAUUAUGCGAAGAAAAUACAUAACAAACAUUGGAGUAUCUUAAAUCAACACGGAAUUGAAGAAAUUACAAGUUCUUUACAAGUGACAAAUCCAAAAAAAGUGUUUUGCUAUCCUGUUCAGUUUGCCAUUUCUUCGCCACGAUUACCUCACGUGGAAUUACUCACCGACAAAGAAAUUACUCAUUUGCGUUAUCGGGGUGAUGUUGUUAGAAUGAACACUUUAUAUUUUCAAAAAUUGGAACAAUUGUAUAGAUGGAAUUGUACAGAUGAUCGCAAAUUUGAAAAUUUUCUUACUAGAGUAUGGUGUAUGCUGAAACGAUAUCAAACGUUUUUUGGGUCGUCUCCCAAUGAAGGACAUGGAACGCAAGGUGCUUUACCUGUGUCUGUAUUAGAAAGUUUAAACAAACAUUUCGGUGUAACUUUUGAAUGUUUUGCAUCACCUUUAAACUCUUACUUCCGCCAGUACUGUUCUGCAUUUCCAGAUACGGAUAGUUUUUUUGGAUCCAGAGGUCCAAUUUUGAAUUUUCAUCCAAUCAGUGGCUCUUUUGAAGCUAAUCCUCCAUAUUCUGAAGAACUGAUGGAAGCGACUGUUGAUCAUUUUGAAAAAAUUCUUUCGGAAUCUCAGGAACCAUUAUCUUUCAUUGUUUUCAUUCCCGAAUGGAGAGAUCCUGUUCCAGUUGCAUUGGCAAAACUUGAAGCUAGCAGAUUUAAACGAAAGCAAGUUUUAAUUCCUGCAUUUGAACAUGAAUAUAGGCAUGGUUUUCAACAUAUUUGUCCGAGACAAGAAACUAAUGUUCGUUCUGUGCAUGGUACUCAAAUGAUAUUUCUACAGAAUGAUACUGGGUUUGCACGAUGGGGACCCACUCCAGAAAGGCUAGAUGCUGUGUUAGAAUCAUACAAACCUGGACGUGAUAAAGAAAGAGAGCAGACUAUGUAUCCACCACCCCAACAGAAUCAGAAUACAGUUCUUACAUCUCAUUCAGAUCAAACUCAGCAGAUUCAAAACCCAACAGCUGGACCUUCUCAUGCUGCAGGUCAGCCAAAGAACUUUCAUGUUGAUCAACCCACUUCAUCAACUGUUGGUUUAUCCACUGUACCUAUAAAUCAUGUUUCUUCUCACAGGCAGCAGUAACACAUUUGUACUAUAUUCAGUGUGCAAUGCCAAUUGCAGAUUAUAUUGAAAAACUAAAGACUUUAUCAUCUCUUGUAUAGAAAGUGAAGUUCUUAGAAUUUAAUCAAUCAGUUGAUAUUGCUUUGUUUUUAAUUAUUGUUAUUGUCACUAGUGUUAUCAUCACAUCUAGCUAAUAUGUUUCAUACAAUUCAUCAAAAGUAGUGUUCCUGUUAAUAAUGUAAGUUUUAGCAUUGCAUUAGAAAGUACCUAUGUGCAGAUCCUAGAAGAUUGUAUAAAUAUAUGUCCUAGUAAUUAUUGUAUAUGCUUCAGUAUUAAAUGUUUAAUGCUUUGUAUGUAGCAUAAUUAGAAACAUUUUCUUGAUAAUCUUUCUUGUUUCGGUAUCAACCAAAGAAAGAUGAUUUCUUUGUCAUUAAAGCAUUUUAUCAAAGAGAUAUAAAUAUAUAUAUUAUCUUUGUUUUUACUAUAUGAGGUUAAACCUCAUGCAUGUACAUAGCAAAUAAGUGUGCUGUUUUGUGUAGUUGAAGAGCAUAAAUCAUUUAUCGAUUUUCAAAUAAUUGUGUGCAAUUACUUUUAAAUAAGUUUAUUUUUUCAUUUUGUUUUAAAUUUUUCUCUUUGACUAAAAUAAAUAUUGUUAAUUUUGAAAUUACAUUUAACCUGCAGGGAAAUUUAUUUUGGUGUGUGAUUGUUCGUGUGGGAUGUUUAAUUUACAACCAAAAAUUUUAAGGAAAAUGAUGUAAGAAUAUUGUAAUGUUAUCAUGAAACCGGCCAAAUAAACAAUGUUUUAUCAUUAACUAAAUUCUAAAUAACAGGUUAUCAUAUUGGUUUAAAAUAUUUUUAAAAUUUUUGUUUAAAUUAUGCACAAUAUUUGUUUAAAUUUCUCUUAACUGUAAUUGUUUUAUAUUCAAAUCAAUGUUUAAAUGUGCAUAUUUUUUAUGCAAUGUUUAGGAUCUGUCUACCAUUUUUGUUAUUGAAUUGUAUAUGGUUAUUUCAUUGAGCUGGAUGUAAUUUUAAGAAAAAACCAAAUUACAAAAAACAUUUUUGAUAUUCUUUGGAAACUUCUCUC